AUGGCCACAUUCUCUCCCUCGCCCGCCCCUCGCCGUUCUUCAAGACUACACACACGUGGUAAUUCUCCAGUGAGGAGUCAACGACCCCACCGGCUAGCGGCCGAGCCCACCCUUAUUUUAAAUGACAGCAAUUCGGUCGCAUCUGCAAUGGACAUUGACGAGAGGAGUUCCCUAAUCACAGAUCGUAGUUUAUCUAGGAUUGGAGGCGAGAUGAUUUUUGCCAAAACGGAAGAGAUGUCUGUUUCAUUUUAUGCCAAUUUACCUUUGGAGGUAAAGCAAGUUUUGAGGCUCUCAGACUUCAAUAGAGACCUGUAUUCAGGGGAAAUAGAUACCACCACCGGAUUCGCGCUUGUUGCCUCUGCGCAAACAUGCUUCGUAUGGCAGCAUGCUCAAGCUAUCAAAGGCAUACCUACGUGCUAUAUAUUCUCGUGUCCCGAGGAUGGCUCUCAAACCCCCAAACCACCCUUCCAUGCUUUGGUCCCUCAAGGAAGCUCCCGAGAACCAGGGCUUAUCCUUGUCUCCGUCACAGGCCAAAUUCGAUUUUGGGAUAGCAUAGGCAUUGGUCUUGCAGGUGGAGAUAAUUAUAUAUCUUCUCAGGUUGAAAAUAUGAAUUAUGAGGAAGAGGUCACGAAUCUUAUUCGGGUCGACGCUCAAACUUACAUUCUAUCGACAUCGUUCGGUGUCCUCCACCGCAUUGUUCUCACUUCAGCCGGUGGAAAAUAUCACCUUACAAUCCGUGGUUUCGCGCGACCUAGUAAUUCCGGAACAUUUAGCAGACUUUUACCAUCUUUUCUGUCGUCGAGUGCAUCUGCAUCGUAUGAUUCCAAAGGUAAGGCCGGACAUAUUCAUGCGGUUGCCCUUGGGACAACGUCAACAUUGGGCGAUAGAGAUGUAUGGGCCCUUGCGAAUGGUCGAAUCCAACGAUGGAUUAUGAGGGUGGAAGGCUGGGAGGAGCUUGUGCUUGAUCUCGACCUCACCCAGUUACUUCUAAAUAAGGUUCAAGAAAAGCUUAGCGCCAAUAGUGAAGAUGUCGAAAUCUCUGACAUCGCCAUUUUUGAGGACCAAAACAUUGCCCUUCUAAUAUCAUACUCUGGAAAGGACGUGUCUGCCGAUGAUUUCCAACGUCUUUAUGCUCUUGCCGAAUUGAAAUCUGUUGGAAAUGAUUUUUCGGUCAAGCAUCUCUACAGCGUUCCUUACCAAACGACAAGCAAGCCUGGUCCUCCAGUACAUCCACGAAUACAGCUAAUCUAUUCUGGAUCAAUCAUCAGUGUUCAAUUUGGUGACGCUGUUGCACUUUGUGCCAGAGGAUCAGAAUACCGUGAUCGACUGGAAUUAAAAGGCAUCAAUGAUAGAACACUAGGAGUUGGUGUCAGCCUAACAACCAACUUACUUCUCAUUUUGACCGCCAAUACAAUGAUGAAAGUAUCUCUGGAUUUAGAUAAAAUUCAGUCUUUUAGACCAGAGACUGGUCACACCGCUCUGGUUAAAUCAAUCAUGAUGCAGGCCAUUAUUUACGGCCCUUCUCCGUUGAAUCCUCUACGAUUCAGUUUUCCACCAGAGCUUAGCGGGGAUGCAUUGAUGAACGCAGCCCAACAGCUAAGCGAUGCUGUUAUGAAAUCUGACUCUGAAAUUGUUAGGCAAAGUCCUGAUAUGACAAUCCAAAUGCAGGGCCGUAAGGACAGGCUCAGCUGGCUUAUUUCCUUUAUCAACGAAAACACAGUACUGGACAAGAUGACCCAGGCAAGUCGACAACGGAUAGCCACAGAUUCCGAGAAACUCUUUGCAUGCCAUAAGUUAUGGAUAGCCUAUAAUCAGUCUAUAUCACACUCGAGCGUCUUGAAGGAUGCUGUGGUUGCAUAUAUGCAAGAAAUCGGUGAUGAUUCUCAUGAAGAUCUCGUCAGAGCAUUCUUCAGGACACGAGUAUCAGACAUAGGCAAUGUGUUGCAGAAAGUCAGCAGUAUCGCAAAAGAGGCCGCUAAGCGUUCAAGCAACACGUUGCUUCAGAUACUCCCUGAAGCAAACCGGAUUGUCAUAUCAGUUCUCCACGAAGCCUCCAAAUAUCGAGAUUUCAAUUGGGAAGUAUAUGGAUUGGAAUCUCCGAUGAUUGGAGCAUGGACAAGCAGAUCAGGUGUUAUCGACUCGGCUCGUUCACUCUUUGACCUGACCACAGAAGCUUUAAAAUCCGAUCGUGGACCAAUAACAACCGUAAAAGAACCAAGCUCUCAAUUCCCUGGGCUUGCAAAGGUUUUACUGGAAUGCGUAAAGGAAAGGAUAGAGUGGCUUGCACUAAGUACAGAGCCCCCGGCAGCUACUCAGGUUCUUUAUCGAGAGUUUUCUGAACUGCGUCCGAAAAUCUUUGAAACCUUGCGGCAAUUUGGACAUCAAGAAGCAGCCUUUAAGUUGGCCGAGCGAUAUAAUGACUAUACCAGCUUAGUUUUACUAUCACAUCAAGAGAUUGUCUAUCCUCCUCAUCAAAAUCCCCACACCGACCGCAUAAAGCUCUACAUUCAGAAGUACGGGGAAGAUUUUACUUCAGAACUUUUCCGAUGGUAUAUUCAAAAUGGCGAAGUUCGAACAAUGUUUGAUCAAGAAGCUCCAGCAGGACGUGAUCUUCUGAACAAGUAUUUCGAGAAUCAAUCAAAUCGAAAUAUUGCCAUAACUUGGAUAAAUGAUCUGGAGAACAAAGCUUUCGCUCUUGCUGCUUCUGACCUUUUCCAGGAUGCUCAAGGCGCUCCUAACCUGGAGGGGAGGCAUCUUAUGCUAAGUAUUGGUAAAUUGUCAUAUCUGGCCCACAUGCAAGAAACAAAUUUCCAAGAAGCUUCCACCACUUCAUCCAAAGGGCCAAGUCUUGAUGAUUUCCAUGACGCACUUGACUUUGUCAGUGUUUUAGAGAAGCUGGUACAAGACUUCCGCUCUGUUUUGGUAGCUGCCCGCGCACGUCAGUCAAUUGAAAGCCAGAUAAAUACUAUCAUCAAAGAGAAAGGAAGGCAACUGGAUUCUAGAGUUGGAUUUGUUUAUAUUUUCAAAGAUCUCCUAAGAACCAUCCUGAAAGGCGACGCAUUAUCAGUUGAAGAUACUGUUGACAUUCUGACCCUUAAGGACAAUACGGAGACCGUUGAGGAUUUCGCAACGAGCCUUCAUGUCCUUAGCUUGGCCCCGGAAGGUUCUGGGUCUGAUGUUUCAGGCAUUAGAGGAAAAAUACCUGUGGAAAUACCAGCUCGACGUAAAGAGUCUGCAUUGCACACUAUCUGGCGACGAAUAUAUUUACAAGACGAUUGGGAUGCCCUGAAGCAAACUGCUGACGUAUCCGAUGAUGAGUUGAUGAGGCGGUAUCAGGAAACAGCGAUGUUCCAGACGAUAUUUUCGAUGUUGAUGAAAAGCAAAGAAGAACUUAUCGUCGAUCCUGAGUCAUCUUUAUCGAUCCCUUCAACACAAGAAAUCAGCUCUCGGUGGCCAGGAAUGUCUUCUGACCACAUCAAUGCGCUCAUCCAAGAUUACACAUGGGAGAAAGACCGGGUAGAAAGCUGGGACUUGAGCGAAAUCUACGAUCGCAUCAAACAGCUAGCGGAAGAAGAAGCUGACAGAAGGUUGAACGGGGAUUAG